UAUUUAUUUCACUCACAUUCGCGCACACCCUCUCUCUCUCUUUCUUUUCGCUGCUAAAGUCUCUCUCGAAAACAAAGAAGCAUUCGAAGCUUAAAGCAGAAAAGACAGUAACGUUCUCUUUCUUGCCUCCUUCUUGAAUCUUGUACACAGCAAGAGGCAAGGAAGCCAAAAUUCAAAAUGACCACACAGAAUCGUCGUUCGUCGUUUUCCUCCUCGACGACGUCGUCUUUGGCGAAGCGCCAUGCAUCCACCACCUCUUCCUCCUCUUUAACGGCUCCUACAAACGUGCCAAAGAAGCGUCCACCUCUCUCUAACCUCACCAACACCGUCGCUCACCGCAACUCUUCCUCUUCGGUCCCGUGCGCAGCUAAACUCGCGAAGACGAAGAAAGAGGUUGUUGUUCCGCCCUUCUCAGGCAACAAAAGGCCCACGCUGCCGAAUGUCAAACCUACUAAUGCAGUUGUUUUUCCCAAGGCUAAUUCUCUCCCUCCGAGGAAUGAAGCUCCUCCUCCUCCUCCACUUGUUGUCACUGUUACUGUUCCCCCUCCGGUGCUCGAUGCUUCACCUUGUAAAUCAGAUGCAAUGUCGGUUUCCAUGGAUGAGUCGAUGUCUUCUUGUGAUUCGUUCAAGAGUCCUGACAUUGAAUAUGUGGACAAUAGUGAUGUGGCGGCUGUUGAUUCAAUUGAGAGGAAGACGUUCAGCAAUCUCAACAUAUCUGAUUCUACCGAAUCAGGCAACAUUUGUAGUAGAGACAUACUUGUUGAGUUGGAAAAAGGGGACAAGUUUGUCAAUGUUGAUAACAAUUUCGCUGAUCCUCAGCUCUGUGCAUCCUUUGCUUGUGAUAUCUACAAGCACCUUCGUGCAUCUGAGGCAAAGAAAAGGCCUUCCACAGACUUCAUGGAGAGAAUUCAGAAGGACAUAAACCCCAGCAUGCGUGCAAUAUUGAUUGACUGGCUUGUGGAGGUGGCUGAAGAGUAUAGACUAGUACCCGAUACAUUGUAUUUGACGGUAAACUACAUUGAUCGUUAUCUUUCAGGAAAUGUGAUGAACAGACAAAGGCUACAAUUACUUGGUGUUGCCUCCAUGAUGAUUGCCUCUAAAUAUGAGGAGAUUUGUGCACCUCAGGUGGAGGAAUUUUGUUACAUUACUGAUAACACGUACUUCAAAGAAGAGGUUUUGCAGAUGGAAUCUGCUGUCUUAAAUUUUCUCAAGUUCGAAAUGACAGCCCCAACGGUAAAAUGUUUCUUAAGAUUUGUACGUGCAGCUCAAGGAGUCGACGAGGUCGCUUCGCUGCAACUUGAGUGCUUGACAAACUAUAUUGCGGAAUUGUCUCUAUUGGAGUACAGUAUGCUUUGUUAUGCUCCAUCACUUAUAGCCGCUUCUGCAAUUUUUCUGGCCAAAUUUAUACUUUUCCCUUCAACGAAACCAUGGAAUUCCACAUUGCAGCAUUACACGCUCUACCAGGCUUCUGAUCUGUGUGUUUGCGUGAAGGAUCUCCACCGCCUAUGUGGUAACAGCUCUAACUCAAAUUUGCCAGCAAUCAGGGAGAAAUAUAGCCAGCACAAGUACAAAUAUGUGGCUAAGAAGUACUGCCCUCCUUCAAUACCCCCAGAAUUUUUCCUGAGUUGAGCAGGGAUGACAGCCUGAUUUCCGGUUGGUAUAUAGGCUUAGAUUGACAUAACUUCUGGUCUCCAGAAAAGAGGUUCUCUUACACUGUACAAUGUAGUUGCCAACCCUUCCAUCUUAAUUAGAAUUCUUGUAUCUGCUUUUAUUGAGGUGCACACUCUGUACCCUCAAAUUUACAAAAAGAAAAAAAAAAUCAGAAGCUUCAAGAAGCAACUUGUAUUAUUAGCUACAGCUUCAGUAGCAUCAUUAAUGGCUAAGUGAGCCGAUGCUUAAAUUUUGUCCAAUUUACUAAGUGUGUCACAACAGGUAGGAGAGUAUGCAUUGUGAGUCAUCCUCUAGAUAUAUAUUUAUGGAUAAUUAUGGCCAUUUAGUAACAUAAAUUAUGAGCAUCUCCGUACUCAUCUUCGCCACCAAACAAGUAAUGACAUGUAAAUAUGUAAUAAUCCUUCUUGAUGAAUCUAAAAUAUUUCUGAAAACACUUCGAGAAUAUUUCUGAAAACAAAUGAAUUUUCAUUUGGAUAGAGUGCUACCGGUAUUAUUCCUUCAGCGAGAUUAUUCUGUCAGCAAAUAUCUCGGCCCAGGUUCAACACAUGUUCCACUGAAAUUCUUUCGGACAAAGUCUUAGCCAGCCAAUCUACGCUGAGUUACAAAUCACACAGUUGGUAACAUUAUGUACAAAACAAAGCCAAAAUUAUGAUUAGAAGAUGCUAAACCACAUUUCCUAGAACAUAAACUCAUUUUCCAAAUUUGAGUGUCAGAGUAUCAGUGAUUUAAUAGGUCCAACCGAUCUUGAAAUAAAAGUAAUGUCUUUUAUUACAUAAUCUAUUAUGUAAAAUACAGCCUGCUGCAUAAUCCAAGCACAAAGAAGUAAUUUUCUUUUGUGCUUUUCUUAGUGUCAUACAAUGUUACAGAGUAGAGUGAGACUCAGACACACUCAUGUUGUCGUGUCGGACAUUUAGUUUAACCCUAACAAUGAUUGUGGGCCUCUCAACAUUCCCCGGCUGAAUAUAAAACCUUAGGAGUUACAAGUGAGCAUUUUGAUUUCAACCUAUGGCAGAUCGUUAUCCAAUUGAGAUUGGCUCACUCCAUUUGGAUGCUAUAAUAUUCACCAUCUUGCAGAUCAAUUUCACAGAGAAAAUGCUGUCUGGGGAGAGAAGACCAAGCGUGAAAAUAAAAAUGGAAAAAGGAAAGGAAAGGGACAAUAUAGUAAAUGACAAGAUAGAAAAAUGACAAAAGUUUGAAUUUCAAAUACAUCUUCUCUAUCUUUCACUUUUUCCCAAAUCUCGUUCUUCAA